GUGUACAUCGGUGAUGCUGAUUUGGCUUUAAACGAGUUGAGUCGCAUUUAGCAUUGAGUCGUAAGUAUGUCCAGUACAUAAAGUGUUGAAUUUUGAUAUGAAGAGCUGUUUACUUGAUUAUCUGGAUCUCACCUUAGAAAAUAGAUAUGAAAAUCUAGAUUGAGUGCAAAGGGGUUUUUCAUCAAAUUUUAAUAUUAAAGAAGUUAAAAAGAAAAGAAUAGAAUAAAAGAAAUGUAUAGAGUGAUUUGAUUUUGGAGGGAUUAUCGGGAUUAUUAUGUAAUGGGUUAAUUAUCUUCUGUUGCUGUAUUUAGUAGAGAAACGUGAACCUCAAAACUGGUUGGGGAAGUUUAUUGAAGUCGAGACUCGUCCUCAGAAGACGGAUAAAUCUAAUUUUCAGCUUCAGUCACUGAUGUGUGCUUGAGGGAGUUGUAUCUAUUCGUGCAUUUAGGGAAACCAAAACUUCAAUUCAAUGCAAUUGAUAUAUAGUUUUCUCAUAAUUUUUGUAGUACUAUUUAGUGCAAAAUCACAGAGAAUACAUCAUACAGUAUGUGGAAAGGGAUUUAAAUACAUUUAUGUGAAUUCCAAAACUCAGUGGGUUGGAAUGGGAUGGCUAUGGACUACGGAAUCGAGUAAAUUGCACAACAUCACAAUGAACGUAGAUUUUGCAACAGUAAAGUUACCAGACACCACGUACUUGGGUUCACUUAAGAUUAUAUGGUUUCAUCUCCUAAAAGGCCUUGAUACUGACACAAAGCGAUGGAAUUUAAUAUUCGAAGUUAAAUUUCCAAUUCAAAAUCCACUGCCUGAUGUCACUGGUGUAGUUCUAAAUGGUGACGUCAUUUGUGAAGAUAGAGACAAAGAAUUUACAGAGCAGAAGCCCGAAUUGGUUAAGUUACGAUUAGAAUACAACGACUACUUGAAAGAAAACACAUUUACAUCCGAACUUGUCAGAAAACCCGAACCUACUACUUUUGUCGGAUCACCAAAUUAUGUACACGUACAGAUAGGAAAUGAUGACGUCAGUCAAUAUGAUGGCUGUGGACAAGCAGAUCUGUCUAACAUUUACGUACCAUUAGCCCUCGGAGGAUCAACGAUUCAAAGAGGAUCCUGGCCAUGGCUAGUAUCAGUUUACUCCUACUCGAAACUAAGAUUGGGCUUUAGAUGUGGAGCAACACUCAUAUCACACAAAUUGAUUGUCAGUGCUGCCCACUGCUUUUUUGAUAUCUACAAUAGACCAGUUAAAAUAGAAGAUGUUAUAGUUAUCCUAGGACAGCACAAUUUAAAAAGACCUCAUGACAAAGGUACAGAAAUUUUGUAUCCUGAAAGCAUCAACAUCCAUCCCAAUUAUGGGAAGCGCAAUCGUAUUGAUUCCGAUAUCGCCGUUGUGGUAUUACCAGAUAAUGUACGUUUUACAACUUACAUACGACCGGCAUGUUUGUGGAGUGAAGAUGAUAACAAGAAAAGCAUUAUUGGUAAAAUUGGAUCAACAGCUGGUUGGGGGAGAGACGAGAAUGGGAAUUUCUUCACAGAAUUACCAAAGCAAGUCGAUCUCCCUGUGGUAUCUGAUGAAACGUGUUUACGUUCUAAUAAUGGUUUCACCAAGAUCACAUCAGAAGUAACUUUUUGUGGGGGUUGGCGAAAUGGCACUGAAGGACCCUGCAAUGGUGACUCAGGAGGUCCCUUCGUUUUCGAAAGAAAUGGCAAUUGGACACUGAGGGGAGUCGUUUCAACAUCCCUUUCCACGGAUGGAAGUAAUACGUGCAACCUCAAUGAAUAUGUAGUGUUCACAGAUGUUGCAAAAUUCCGUAACUGGAUUACAUCUUUCUCUGAUGAAACUAUUUAACAGCAUGAGUUGAUGUAAUUAAAUAAUAAUAUGAAAAUAUGAAAAUUUUAUAGCUUUAAAUUUGGUAUGAGUUCACUAUCAAAACAUGCAAGAAAUCAUCUAAAGACUAUCACUAAUAGCGUAUUUGUUUAUAUUUUUAUCUAAGUUAGGGAAACAUGGCGUAGUUGUAAUCAUUGCGAUUAAAAAAAAAACUACUGUACUUCGGAGCACGAAACCCAUAUAUCAUAAAUAAAAUCAUAUCAUAACAUAAAAUCAUAUCAUAAAUCAUAAAUGGUAUAGAGAUCCUUGUUCACUGAAGAAAUGGUCGACAUAAGUCCAAGUAAGUGUAGACAUAAAAACCAGUGCAAUGUUUACAACUACUCCAUGUUUACUACUACCCCAGUUUCCCCUGUACAAUUCAAUUUUCAAUAAAAAUGGAAUUUCUGAUUCAUUUCAUAGUUGUUAGAUUCAUUCAAAAUUUUAAGAAGUUUUAAGUCCUUUGAAAUGAAUCAAAUUUUGAUACAAUAUGUUUGAGAAAUGUGCAUUAUAGAGGUAUUUGACCUUGGCUACCAGUUAGAAGGAAUAAGUGAAGGACAUUAUCAUAUUGACCCAGACUACCCCAAAUUGUUUUAGAUAAUGCUCUAAAUUUAUUUUUUCCGGAUUCAUAAGAAGAAUACGGACUCGAGAGAAAAACAACUAUAUUUUUCUUUGAUCGACGUUUUAUGAGUGUUAAAAAUGAUUUUGAAAAAUCAUAGUAAUUGUGAAAUAAAAUUCAUUGAAAAUUGUUCAAGCAGAA